GAGUUACCAGAAACCACAAGAGAGAGAGAGAGCGUGCAAGCCCCAAAGCGAGCGACAUGUCCCUUUGGGGAGCAGUCCCUCUGCACCCCAGAGUGAGGAGGACGCAGGGGUCGGAGGUGGCUACAGGGCAGGCAGAGGAGGCACCUGUAGGGGGUGGUGGGCUGGUGGCCCAGGAGAAGUCAGGAAGGGAGCCCAGCUGGUGACAAGAGAGCCCAGAGGUGCCUGGGGCUGAGUGUGAGAGCCCGGAAGAUUUCAGCCAUGCCUCACAGCUCCGACAGCAGUGACUCCAGCUUCAGCCGCUCUCCUCCCCCUGGCAAACAGGACUCAUCUGAUGAUGUGAGAAGAGUUCAGAGGAGGGAGAAAAAUCGUAUCGCUGCCCAGAAGAGCCGACAGAGGCAGACACAGAAGGCCGACACCCUGCACCUGGAGAGCGAAGACCUGGAGAAACAGAACGCGGCUCUGCGCAAGGAGAUCAAGCAGCUCACGGAGGAACUGAAGUACUUCACGUCGGUGCUGAACAGCCACGAGCCCCUGUGCUCCGUGCUAGCCGCCAGCACGCCCUCGCCCCCCGAGGUGGUGUACAGCGCCCACGCCUUCCACCAGCCUCAUGUCAGCUCCCCGCGCUUCCAGCCCUGAGCUUCCGAUGCAGGGAGAACAGAGCCUCGGGAGGGGCACACAGACUGUGGCAGCGCUGCGCCCAUCCCGCAGAGGAGCCUGUCGACCUGGAGACCCGGAGACAGAGGCCUGGACAAGGAGUGAACACGGGAACAGUCACGACUGGAAGGGCGUAAAGCCUCCCAACAGUGGCGCAGCGUUUCGGGGGGCGUGUGCUGGACCCCCCCACUGUGGGUUACAGGCCCAAUGCGGAAGAGUAUCAAGCAAGAUGCUCAAGUCCCAUGGCACAGAGCAAGGCGGGCAGGGAAGGGUUAUUUUUCUAAAUAAAUGCUUUAAAAGAAACCA